ACUCCAUUAAACAACAUGGAACUCCAUUUCUUGCUUCCCUUAUUCGCUUCCCUUCUCUUCGUUUUCGUCUUCCUUAAAAAAUUCAUCCAAUCGAACAACCGCCGAUUGCCCCUCCCACCAGGCACCAUGGGUUGGCCGUAUGUCGGCGAAACCUUCCACCUCUACUCCCAAAACCCAAACGUCUUCUUCGCUUCCAAGCAAAAGAGGUAUGGCUCCGUAUUCAAGACCCAUAUACUGGGAUGUCCGUGCGUGAUGAUUUCCAGCCCCGAAGCUGCUAAAUUCGUGCUGGUCACCAAAGCUCAUCUGUUCAAGCCCACUUUCCCAGCCAGCAAAGAGAGGAUGUUGGGCAAACAAGCCAUCUUCUUCAGCCAAGGACAGUACCAUACCCAAUUAAGGAGGCUCGUCCUCCGUGCCUUCAUGCCCGAAUCCAUCAAAUCCAUCAUCUCCAACAUCGAAUCCAUUGCCCAACACUCUCUCCACUCGCUCCAAGGGCGGUUGAUCACCACUUUCCAAGAAAUGAAAACAUAUACGUUCAAUGUUGCUUUGCUAUCGAUACUCGGGGAGGAAGAAGUUCUGUACAGAGGAGAUCUGAAGAGAUGCUACUACAUUCUAGAGCAAGGGUAUAACUCGAUGCCCAUUAAUGUCCCCGGUACAUUCUUCAACAAAUCGAUGAAAGCGAGGAAAGAGCUUGCUCGGAUCCUGGCCAAAAUCAUAUCGACCAGGAGGCAGAUGAAAAUGGAACAUAAUGACUUGUUGGGUUCUUUCAUGGGUGAUAAAGAAUGCCUCUCCGACCAACAAAUCGCUGACAACGUCAUCGGUGUAAUCUUCGCCGCUCGCGACACGACUGCGAGCGUACUCACAUGGAUAAUUAAGUACCUCGGUGACAACCCCAGCGUUCUUAAGGCCGUCACGGAUGAACAAGAGGCAAUAAUUAGAGAAAAGGAGAAAUGUGGUGAGGAACAAUGCCUGAGCUGGGCUGAUACCAAGAAGAUGCCAAUUACUUCAAGGGUGAUUCAAGAGACACUUAGGGUUGCUUCAAUUUUAUCUUUUACCUUCAGAGAAGCAGUGGAGGAUGUUGAAUAUGAAGGGUAUCUAAUACCAAAGGGAUGGAAAGUUUUACCACUUUUUAGAAACAUUCAUCACAGCCCAGAGAUCUUCCCGGAUCCCGAAAAGUUCGACCCCUCAAGAUUUGAGGUAAACUUUGCACAGUUUUGUUGUUUUCAUCCAAUAUAUAAUCGUUGUCAAGCACCUAAAGCACACAUUUGCUCAAUAAUUGAACAGGUUGUUCCGAAACCCAAUACGUUUAUGCCAUUUGGCAAUGGAACCCAUUCAUGCCCGGGGAAUGAGUUAGCCAAGCUGGAAAUCCUCAUCUUUCUCCAUCAUCUGACCACAAAGUACAGGUGGUCAAUGGUGGGUUCAAAUAGUGGGAUUCAAUAUGGUCCUUUCGCUCUUCCUCAGAAUGGUUUGCCCAUCAGAUUGAUCAGGAAAUCGUAGGAUUAGAAAUGCAAAAGGCAGUUCCAAGAGAAACUUGGGAUUAUAAAUACAAAAAUGGAGAAAGCGCCCCAUCUGUACAGGAGAAGGUUCUCAAAACAAAACAUAAAGAAAGGGAAUUUCUGUUUAUUCUUUUCUCAACUCAUAGAAAAAAAGAACAAGAAUUG